UUAUUACUGAACUUCGCAAGCCCGAUCCUAACCUGUCAAAAGUCAAAAAUCAUCGCAUCUGGAAAUUCUGAAAGCAGCCCCAUUUCUCAGCAGCACCGACUAUGAUCGAAUCUUGCCCUAAGAAACGCAUGUUACUUGGCAUCAGCUGCCUUGGAAUCUUAACAGUUCUAGUUUUAAUCAUUGAAUCUCACUGGACGGAUUCACGGGGACCCAGUCGGAAGCGCACUUUUCCCGUUGAGCAAAACUCUACGUGUUGGGAAAAGGAAAAGUACGAGAUAAUCAAAGACUGCGAACCCUGCUCUCCUUUUGAAAUUGCUAGUCAGAGCGUGGGGGUUUGCAUCCACACUCAUUUUAAAGAAGUCCUCAAGUGCGCCAGUGGGGAGACCGUGACUCGCAGCUGCGACAAGGCGGCUUACAUCGAUGAGAGAGCGUUUUGGAGAUUUGAAGGUUUUACGUUUAUUUGUGCUAUUAUUUCAACUCUUUGUGUCUCUGCAAGGAAAAAGGUAUUGAACAAACGGAUGUUGCAAAGGGUGCAACGGCAAUUAGCCAACUGUGUUUAA